AUGGGCUCAUUAUAUCGAUAUUCAGCUUGGGCAUUUUUCGGUUUUAAAGAUUAUACGAAACGUGGUUACGAAAAAAAUUCAAAAAAUUUUAAUAAUGAAGCGUUAAAUGUAGAUUUAACAGGUAAAAUUGCGAUAGUAACGGGAGCAAAUUCAGGAUUAGGAAAAUAUGUCGCAACUGAAUUAUUCAGACGUGGCGCUACCGUACAUAUGUUAUGUAGAGAUGAAACAAGAGGUGAACAAGCUCGUCAAGAUAUUUUAUCUCAAGUUAAAACUUCAUUUACAGCUGAAAAUAAAGAAGUUGACGUAAAUCUGUUGAAAUUACAUAAAGUUGAUAUUAGUGAUUUAAAAAGAGUUAAAGAAUUUAUUAAACAAUAUGAACAAGAGGAAAAAUAUUGUCAUAUUCUUAUUAAUAAUGCUGGUGUUAUGAAUAAUGAACGAACGUUGACCAAUUAUGGUGUUGAAACAAAUUUCGCUAUAAAUACUUUGGGUACUCAUUUCUUAACUAAACAAAUGGUUCCUAUCUUACAAAAAUCUGGUCCUGGCUCUAGAACGGUGGUUAUAUCAUCGGGUGGUAUGUACCUUAAUAAACUUGAUACAUCCGAUUUACAAUUUGAACGAAUGAAGCCGUUUCGUGGAACAAUGGCAUAUGCUCAAAAUAAGCGCCAACAAGUUGAACUUAACGAAUAUUGGGCAAAAACAUAUUCAGAAUCGACAACAGGAAUAAAAUUUCUUUCAAUGCAUCCGGGUUGGUCAGAUACGCCGGGACUUAAUAAAUAUAUGGAAACUUUUUAUAAAACGACAAAAAGUUAUUUGCGUACUACAGGUCAAGGUGCUGAUACAAUUCUUUGGGCCGCUUUUAGUAAAGAAGUUGAUGAUAUUCCAACUGGUUCUUUCUUAUUUGAUAGAAAGGUUGUUCCAAUUCAUUUACCUUUAGCUAAAACUAAAAGUACUGAAGAUGAUAUAAAAAAAUUGGUAGAUAUUUUAGAUAAAUUAUCAGAAGAAGUUUUGGUGAAAGAUUAUAGUUCAUAG